AUGCUAUCAGCAAAGACCACCUUGUUAAAAUCUACUCCAACUUUACUCUCCAAGAGAAUGCAAUUGCGUUGCUUCUCUCACUUGCCGCUAACGAUUCCUAUCAAAUUACCCAAUGGUUUGGAAUUCGAACAACCAACAGGUCUAUUCAUCAAUAACAAGAACGUCCCAUCCAAACAGGGGAAGACCUUCGAAGUUAUCAACCCUUCCACUGAAGACGAAAUUUGCCACAUUUAUGAAGGUAGAGAGGAUGAUGUCGACAUCGCCGUUAAGGCCGCUAGCGAUGCCUUCAAUAAUGGUUCUUGGUCCACUAUAGACCCAAUCUAUAGAGGUCAAGCUCUAUAUAAAUUGGCUGAAUUAAUCGAGAAGGAUAAGGAAAUUAUUGCAUCCAUUGAAUCUCUUGAUAAUGGUAAGGCAAUUAAUUCUGCUAGAGGGGAUGUGGAACUAGUAGUUAACUAUUUAAAAUCCUCCGCAGGGAUGGCUAAUAAAUUAGAUGGUAGAUUAAUUGAUUCUGGUUCUAAUUAUUUCAAUUACACAAAGAGAGAACCAUUGGGUGUCUGUGGUCAGAUUAUUCCAUGGAAUUUCCCAUUAUUAAUGUGGGCUUGGAAAAUUGCUCCUGCUUUAAUCACAGGGAAUACUGUUGUCUUGAAAACUGCUGAAUCUACUCCAUUAUCUGCUCUUUAUGCUGCUAAAUAUAUCCCAGAAGCUGGUAUUCCACCUGGUGUAGUCAAUAUCGUUUCAGGGUUUGGGAAAAUUGUUGGUGAAGCCAUGACGUCACAUCCUUUGAUUAAGAAAAUUGCAUUCACUGGGUCUACUGCCACGGGUAAACAUAUUUAUCAAAAUGCUGCUGCCUCUUUAAAGAAAGUCACUUUAGAAUUGGGUGGUAAAUCACCAAAUAUUAUCUUUGCGGAUGCUAAUUUAAAGAAAGCUGUUCAAAAUGUUAUUACUGGUAUUUAUUACAAUUCAGGUGAAGUUUGUUGUGCUGGGUCCAGAGUGUAUGUUCAAGAAUCUAUUUAUGAUGAAUUGAUUGAAGAAAUUAAGGCUGCUUCUGAAGCUGUUAAAGUCGGUGAUCCAUUUGAUGAAACUACAUUCCAAGGUGCUCAAACUUCUCAAAUGCAAUUAAAUAAAAUUUUGAAAUAUGUUGAAAUUGGUAAGAAUGAAGGUGCUCAAUUAAUUACAGGUGGUGAAAGAGUUGGUAAGAAGGGUUAUUUCGUAAAACCAACUAUUUUCGGUGGUGUACAAGAAGAUAUGAGAAUUGUUAAGGAGGAAAUCUUUGGACCAGUGGUUACCAUAAGUAAGUUUAAGACUUUAGAUGAAGUUGUUCAAAUGGCAAAUGAUUCUGAAUAUGGGUUAGCUGCAGGUAUUCAUACUUCAAAUAUUAAUACUGCUACAAAAGUUGCUGAUAGAUUAAAAGCUGGUACUGUUUGGAUUAAUACUUAUAACGAUUUCCAUUGCAACGUUCCAUUCGGUGGAUUUAAUGCAUCUGGGUUAGGUAGAGAAAUGGGUACUGAAGCAUUGGAAAAUUAUCUACAAUCCAAGGCUGUUCGUUGCAGAUUAGAAGAUUAA